AUGGAAUAUAUGAGUAAAGGUAGUUUGACAAAAUUACUCGAAAACAAGAAUGAUAGAUUAAAUUAUAGAAAAAAAUUAUCUUUAGCGUGUAAUAUUGUGUCCGGUAUGCGUAAAAUACACGAAUAUAAAAUAACCCAUCGUGAUAUUCGACCAGAUAAUAUUUUUGUUAAUGAAAACUAUGUAGCAAAAGUUGGUGAUAUGGGAGUUGUCAAGAGGACGAUGCCGAAUGAAUUAAAUAUGACUCACGUCUAUGAACCAUAUAUGCCAUUAGAAUACUAUACCGGUUUAUACGAUACAAAACUUGACAUAUUUACGUUUGGUCUGACAUUGAAUGAACUAUUCACAGAGGUAAUGCACGAUAAACAUUCCACUAGUAGACAAGUCAUUAUUACUAAGAGAAGCUCUAUAUUUUGGGAUUUGAUUUCGGCAUGUAUCAAUAAUAAUCCGAAAAUAAGACCAACAGCUCUUGAACUUGAAAAGAAAUUAUAUAAGUUUAAAGCUAUUUUAACAACAUCAAUUAAUCGAAAUCGAGCAUAUAGUACUUUAACAGAUGAUCAAAAAAAUCAAUUAUUAUUAACAGUUUAUCAACAAGCACAUCUUUAA